UCUGUCACAGCUCCUCUGGACUUUACUCUGAGCAGGAUCAAACCUCGGUGGCAUUAUCGGACAAUGGAUAUGAAGCUAUUGGCUCUCGUGGCAGCACUCACGGUGCUGAUGUAUGCACCUCCAUCACAAGGAAAGCCCAUCAGUCUGGUGGAGAGAUGCUACUGCCGCUCAACAGUCAACAGCCUCCCACGAGGCUACAUCCGAGAGCUCAGGUUCAUCCACACACCAAAUUGCCCCUUCCAAGUGAUUGCCAAGCUGAAGACAAACAAAGAGGUGUGUGUGAACCCAGAGAUCCGGUGGCUGCAGCAGUACCUGAAGAACGCCAUCAACAAGAUGAAGAAAUCCAAACAGGGCAACUAAAAAAACCCUACAGAGAUCCUCCUGAGGCAUCACUGAGGGUUUGAACCAUCACAUCUUUGUAACAUGUGAUAUGAGAUCAUCUGGUAUGUUGAUCAGCACUUAUCCGGGCCGCCACGCUGCAGCCUCUUGCAUGGAAUAAACCUACAAGUCUUCAUCGUGAACACCAAACCACCAGCUCUGUCGCUGUCUUCACCAUCACCACAUUCAUCACUUAUAGAUUUGUAAAAGUUAUUAGUGCAAAGUGCAAUUAUAUCUGUGAGUGUAUGUUUUCUAACUAUACUGUAUAUACUUUUUUGUUAAUGGACAUCAACAGUAAAGAGAUAUUUUUGGAGAUUUUGGCGUCCGUCUGGCCUCUCUGUCACUGAAGAAAAAGGGAUCGACCUCGGGGUCAAAGUGUUUGAUGUUGGCUGGAGGAUUUUCUCUACAACAAACAUCCUACUUGCAAGUAGCAGAGUCUUUUUAUGUGCUAAAACAGCAGACUCUGGAAUUUUUAUAUCUAAUCCUAAACAUGGGAUCUGCUUAUCCUGAUCCUCUGAUUUUAAAUUGUACAAAAUGAACAACAAUGUAUAGUUUCUCUUCUAAAAACGAGCCAAGCCGCCGAGGUCGUAUUUCAUGUUUCAAGUUAAUUGGCACCCUGGAAUUUCAAUGGCUGCCAGCUCCCCCCAGACUGAAUAUAAGAUAUAUAAAAGAUCCUAGUAAAAAUGUCUAUUACAAUGUUUUUGUGAUGGAAAUUAGGAUGCCAAAAGAGCUCGAGCAUUUCCUGAGCUGCUCUGUGGCUGUGUGAUUAUGCGACUCUGUGUUUCCCAACACGCCUUUUAUUUUUUUUCAUUCUUAGAGAAAAGCUGAACAUCUGGAUCCCAAAACAUUUUAAUUGAGCGACCAAUGAGUCGAAAUUUACUGGAAUCAUAAAGCUGUGUCUCUUAACAAGAGCUGUUGAGAACAAAUGGUGAUGCUCGCAGAUCACACUCUGACCAAAUUGCUAUCUAAAAGAUAAACUCAUGUCAGCUGGAUUCUGAUUGAAAUAAACCCUAAGUAUGAAUGUCCAUUUCAAAGAAGGGUGUACUAUAAAUUGAAUAACAGUUACCACACCAGUAGUUAAAACACUAUGUUAUAUUGAGAGCCACAGUAGAGAAAGUAUUACUGAUAUUAAUGAGUAAAUGUAAAGAGAUGUGACUGCCUACAACCGUCAUGCAGAUAGCAAUGCACUUUAUAUCUGAUGUAUUCAUGUUUUAACAACAAAAUUUACUAUUACUCACUAAGUCUGAUCAUUAAAUUCAGUCUUUUGUCUUUUUUAUGUUAAUCAUGGUGUUUUCAUUCUGUUCUUUUUUGAUCAUUGAAUGUGUAGCUGCAUUUAACUGUUAAGUCUGGGAGAUAUAUUCAUUUAAAGGGACAGUUCAGCCCAAAAUCAAAAAUCCAUAUUUUUACUCUGACCUGUAUUGCUUUUUAUCUCUGUGUGUGAGUUGCUGAGUGUUGGAGGUAUCGGCCGUACAGAUAACUGCCUCCUCUCCAAUGGAACUUAAUAGCACUUGGCUUGCACCAAAAAAUAAAAUUGAAAAACUCAAAACCAGUGUCUCUCUCUAGAAAUCAUGACAUGGUUACUAUUAGGAAUCGGCAAACAAGUUUUUAAAAUUUGUUUUGGUGCUUUGAGCCUAAAAAAGCCAAGAGCUGUUUAGUUCUAUUGUACUUGAGGGAAGGCAGACAUAUCCACGGCCAAUAUCUCCAACACUAUGCAACUCACAAAACAAACUACACUGAAAAAUAGAAAUAUUUUCCCUAAGAGAAAAAAAAGCGUUUUUGAUUUUGGGGUUGACCUGUCCCUUUAAAUCUCCUUGUCACAUGUAAAAUUAAUAUUAUACAAAUGUUUUAUUUUUGUACUCUUUUGUGCAUUUAUACAUUAAAUCUAAACAUUUAAAUGAAGGAACUGUACUCUCACAUUUGAAUCAUCCAGCCAACGUUUUAUUGUAAAACUUGUAUACACUUGGUCGUUAAAAGAAAAAAAAAGGAAAUCUUUAAAAUGUUAUGGUUACUAUUGUAAUGUGUGCAGCCAGGUCGUAAUACAUACACACACUUAUACCCACUGAUGCACACACACAGUUCAGUUCAGUGAGCUUUUCCAGAGCCAACACACAGCUGCUGUAAUCUCACUAUACCGGCGGGUCAGAGGGUAAAUCUGAAGACUUUGAUGAGUGAACAUGUGUUUAGCUUUACUCACAAGGGCAAAUAAAGGCAAGGACAAUGAUCCAGCCUGUUAUUUAGUUAUUAACUCAACAAGCGGCCAUUAGGAAAACAUUAGAGCUAAAAGGGAUGAACUUUUAACUUCCCUCUGAGGGCAUAAUGUGAGGCGGAGCACAGUAGUUUGUGUGAUGAGAGUGGUCCGCUGAUUGAAACAUCAGGCAGAGAUAAAGGACUGUGAGUGGCACUGCACCACCCGUUCUGCUGUGUUUAGUGAUUAGCUUUGAGGUCUGGUUUAAGGGGGAUGAAAGCAGCACUCUUGUGUGAGAUAAAGCCAUUGAUUCAGCCACUUGGUGUUCCAAUUCAGAGUUCAAAUUAAUCAGAUAUAAUCACUGUAUGAGCUGACUGUGUUAAACUGGUAUCACUGCAGGAAUCUGCAGGUAGCAGAAUUAUUUUCAUCCCUAAGUAAUGUGAAGAGUGGACAGUUUGUCUCAUGUGACAUCAAAGUGUUAACUAUUUGUACUCUGAAUAAUAGCUUUUUAUUAAAACAUUUGUUCACUGAGAAUAUUUCAAUUAAACUUAAAAUUGCUCAC